CAUGUCUUCUCUACAUCAUCAGGAAGCAUUCCAAUUCAGUAAGAAGCACUGCAUUCAACAAUAACUAACCUUUACCUAAAAACCUCAAACCAACUUUUUAAGUACCCGGUAGGCCGAGAGAAGGGAAGAACCAGCGAAAAUCAAACCCGGGUCCGGGAAAAAUGGAUGGAAUGAAAAAACCCUUUAUUGAAAGACAAUCUUCAUACAAUUCACUCUACUCAAAUCCUCUAAUUGACCCAAAAAACAGUAAAAAUUCCAGUGAAGAACACCCUGAUGUAAAUGUAGGUAAUCCAACAGUUGUGAUUCCUCUUGGCAAUCAUCUUUCACUCAAUAACAAUAUUCUAAAUUCCAAAGAGAAUAAUCCCUUUGUUAAGAACAAGAAAGUUUCAAACUUUAGGGUUGAUGAUAAGGAAAAUUUAGUGCCAAAGGAAGCUAAAGGGCUUGGAAUUGGUAAUAAGAAAAACCCAGAUGGAAAUUCAUUGCAAAAUUCCAAAGAAAGGGUUUUAAAGCCUUCUUCUCUUCAAUUAUGCAUCCAAAUGAAUGAGCCCGAUUCGAGUUUUGGGCUGGGUUUCAAGGUUUGGAAUGCAGCUGAGGAGACUGAGAGUGCAAAAUCUGUGAAUAUUUGGGAUUUUUCAGAUUCUGAAGCUGCUCCUGCUUCUUCUUGGUCUACAUUGCCUAAUAGGGCUUUAUUGAGUAAACCAUUGCCAAUGGAUGUUGGAAGGUGCGCUUGCAUCAUAUUGAAGGAAGCAGCUCCUAGAGGUUUUGGUGGUGGUUCCCUUUAUUCUCUAUACACUAAUGAAGGAAAAGGGCGACAGAAUCGAAAACUGGCUGUCGCUUACCAUAAACGUCGCAGUGGGCGUUCAAUAUUCGUGAUAGCUCAAAACACAAAGGGUGUAUUUUCUACCUCAGAUGACAGCUUCAUUGGUCUUGUUACAUCAAACCUGAUGGGUUCAAGAUAUUAUGUCUGGAAUAAGGGAUUGUCCCCCAGGAAGCCUGUUGAAGAAUCAAAACUGCUUCAGGCCAUUGUUGAGUUUACUCCUACUAUAUCAACAUGGACUGGGAGGUACAGAAGUCUUAGGGCAUGGAUUUCCAAACAGACUCAGCCAGUGCAGUCCAAAAACACAUCAAAUCAGGUACAACAUAUGAAAACUCUUCCCUCAAAGUGGGAGGGGAAGAUGGACAAAGACCAAGUUCAUUUAUUUGAAUCAAAAGUUCCUCAUUAUAACAAGGUCUCAAAGCAAUAUGAAUUAGAUUUCAGAGAAAAGGUGAGAGCUGGGCUUAGAAUACAGAGCUCUGUGAAGAACUUCCAGCUCACUAUGGAGGGAAAUGAAGGACAAAUUGUCCUGCAGCUUGGGAGAUUAGGCAAAUCAAAAUUUGUAAUGGAUUACAGGCAUCCAAUGACUGGAUACCAAGCAUUCUGCAUAAGUUUGGCUGCAAUCGAUCCGAAACUUUGCUGUACAGUUUAACAACUACUCUCAUGUUCUUCUGAGUUCAAGCUGCAACGGAUUUGUACUUUUUUUGCCCACAUUUUGGUUUUUUGAUUUCAGUGCUACUCAGCGGAUAAUAUGGAAGUUAAUAUGUUUUCUUGGGUAAAUUAUGUAGUUUUGUGGGUAGUGGUAGAAUCUGCAGUGGGCAAAUUAUGUAGCUUUUUGUAACAAAAAGGUUCACAUUUCGUGAAAAAUGUAAAAUGAAAUUAUGUCUAUUGCGUACACUUGGAAUUCGCAGUGGGCAAAUUAUAUUGCUAUUUUGUAACAAAAAAGUUCACAUUUUGUGAAGAAUGUAAAAUGACAUUAUGUCUACUGUGUAGCACUUAUUUACCUAUCAAUGCAAUCCAAUAUCUUUAAAAG